AGGGGAGGGGAGGGGCGCGGCGGCGCGGGGAGAGGCGCGGCGGGGAGCGGCGGACGGGCGCGCGGCGGGAGUGAGAACGAAAGCACAGAGAAGGUGAAUAACAGUUCCAGGGGCGCCCCGCUGACUUUUUUCAGCAGCUCAAUGGCUUCCCCGAAGAAGAAGCUUCAAGGUCUUGUUGCUGCAACCAUCACACCAAUGACUGAGCAUGGAGAAAUCAACUUUUCAGUCAUUGGUCAGUAUGUGGAUUAUCUUGUGGAAGAACAGGGAGUGAAGAAUAUUUUUGUGAAUGGCACAACGGGAGAAGGCCUGUCCCUGAGUGUCUCAGAGCGUCGCCGGGUGGCAGAGGAGUGGGUGACAAAAGGGCGGAACAAGUUGGAUCAAGUAGUGAUUCACGUAGGAGCCCUGAGCUUGAAAGAGUCACAAGAACUGGCCCGACAUGCAGCAGAAAUUGGAGCCGAUGGCAUCGCUGUCAUUGCACCUUUCUUUCUCAAGCCAUGGAACAAAGAUGUCUUGAUUAAUUUCCUAAAGGAGGUGGCUGCUGCCGCCCCAGCAUUGCCAUUUUAUUACUAUCACAUUCCGGCCUUGACAGGAGUAAAGAUUCGUGCCGAGGAGUUGUUGGAUGGGAUUCAGGAUAAGAUCCCCACCUUCCAAGGGCUGAAGUUCAGUGACACAGAUCUCUUAGACUUCGGGCAGUGUGUUGAUCAGAAUCGCCAGCGACAGUUUGCUUUCCUUUUUGGGGUGGAUGAGCAACUAUUAAGUGCCCUGGUGAUGGGAGCCACCGGAGCAGUGGGCAGUACCUAUAACUACCUGGGAAAAAAGACAAGCCAGAUGUUGGAGGCUUUUGAACAAAAGGACUUCUCUUCAGCCCUGAACCAUCAGUUUUGUAUUCAGAGAUUCAUCAACUUUGUGCUCAAACUAGGUUUUGGAGUGUCGCAGACCAAAGCCAUCAUGACUCUGGUCUCUGGGAUUCCAAUGGGCCCACCCCGGCCUCCACUGCAGAAAGCCUCCGGGGAGUUUAUUGAUAAUGCAAAAGCGAAGCUGAAGAGCCUGGAUUUCCUUCUUUCCACUGAUUUAAAGGAUGGAAACUUUGAAUCCUGUAGCUAGUGCCUCUCUCAUCAAAUCAGAGUGUGUACCUUGAAUAGUGCAUUCAUUUCUCAGAGACUUCUAGGUGAACUAAACUCUUAUCUAGCAAAUGAAAUCUCACCUCAAUCAACAAGUGUUUAAGUAUCUUCUGUGAUCCUAAAAAUGUUUUAUUUUGUGAAGGGGCAAAAACUGUAAAAGGAAUCAUGAGCUCUGAGUCAUUCAAUAUUUCACAAAGUUUUUGUGGAGAAAUUUCUACUUAUAUGGAUGAAAUGGAAUCAAGAGGAAAAUUAUAAUGAUUCAUUCUAUCUGCCUUUAGGAGCUUUCAUUAUUUUGAUUUCUGAUUCUUAAUCCUAUUUUAAAAUUCUCUAAUUUUAAACCAUUAUAAUGUACUUUCAUUUUAAUAAAUAUUCAUUUGGACUCUA